AUGCCAGAAAACCGCGGAGUCUUAGACUCCAUCACUCGCAGUGUGAUAGAUGGUAGCGAUCAAGAGUCGAGCUCAUCUUUCAACCCGGAUGAAGAAUAUGCGGCUGUGACGAAGGGCCUGGGUAGUUCUAAAGUACAAAAAAAGCCAUCUUUGGGGCAAAUGAAAAGCAAAGUCAAGAAGCUGCAAUCCUUGGUCAGCUACUAUCGAGAAAACGAAGCCGUUCUGGAGUCUAGCACCAAAUUAUUGUCCAGCGAAAUCAUGAGUAAUGAAAUUAAAAUGGCUAGUUUAUAUGGAAAAAUGAAGAGUGUUAUGGAUGAGAACAACGCGUUGAAAAAAGCCCAGAAGAGCUUUUCUAAGAAGAAAAUGGAACUCCUCCGGCUGGUCCCUAACGAUAAAAAACACAACCACGAUGAAGACGGUCUGCUUGUUAAUCUCAAGAAAGAAAUUUGCGCCAAGUUACAGGAUUACAACAAUGUGCAGAGCACUGUGAAUACCAAAUUGGAUGAGAUUCACGUAUUUUAUGAAAAAUAUUACGAAGGGCUCGAACUAAAUUUUGAUAGUGAAGUGUUCGAGGCAGAAACCUCAAAAGAGUUGGCCAAAGUGAAGCGAGAAUUGAGGAACGUAAAAAAAAACUCCCAGAUCAAAGUAGAUAACUUGAAAAUACAACUGCUACAGGCAACCAAAUCACUAGAGCUCUUAAAAAAAGAGGUUAAAGCGAAGGACGACUAUCUAAAGGGUAUUCCUAAGCUUGUUGACAAAACCAACCGCACAUUAUUAUCAUACAAGAAAAGCAUCGCCAACCAGAAGGAGACUAUUGAAGCAUUGCAAGCCGAACUAUCGCAUCAAUCAGAAACACAAAGGCAAAUGGAACCGCAAGAUCAAGUACGAACGCUCACCAAUGUGACUCUGGUGGACCCUUUUGAGGAAAACCACCUGAAGGAUUUGUUCGCCAUUCAGGAAAAGGAGCUGCAAGAACUAAGAUUGCAUAAGAAAAUAUGUGACGAGAAGAACCGAACCACUCACUUGCAUUUAGAAAAACAAAAUAGUACCAUCAAACUACUGCAGAGUUACGUGCAAUUAUUAGUCCAAAGAUUGCCACCAACUCAAGGCAAACAUCAUCUGAACAUGCUUCCAGUUGGUAAUAAGUGUCAAGAACUUCGCAACGAGAAACCGUGUCAGCCCAUAUCCACUGUAACGAGUGCACCUGGAUCUCCUCCGCUCUUACCCCAGCAUUCUUACCAUCAGAAAAUUGACAGCACUUCCCAACGGCUUCUAUUAGCGGCCCCAGACGGGCAAUCAUGUUCUAAAAAAAACAUAGUAUUAGUCUCCCCAAAACUGAAUCCUGAUUAUUUAUCGAGGGUACCUUACUUUUCAAAACUGCAACCACCACACAUCAUUAAUCUAAAUUCUUUGACUUUGAAAACGCUGCCAAAGGCGCCAAAACAUACACACGCUGGUUCACAGCAGCUUACGGACAACGAUCAGCUUCAUCCAAAAGAUAAGUGUCAAGAGAAUGCGAAGGAAGAUGAUGUGCCAAAAUUAGUGACAGAUGAACUAGUCCCACUAGACACAUCAACAUCUCCUGAGGCACAAAACUCGAAGGAUUCAAACCAUUCUUCAAGACUUCAUAAGUAA